UCCUGCGCUGCGGCUCCGGGAGAGAGAGAGAGAGAGACGGUUGCCAUGGGGACUACGCCGCCGCCGCCGCCGAGGGGCCUAGCCGGGCGCCGGGCCCUGUUGGCGGUGAUCGGGGAGGUUGCCACGGAGGCGGAGCGGGAGGCGGUGCGGAGCGGCCUGGAGCGCGGCCUUCGUUCGUGGGACGCGGGUCUCCCUCCCUCCGACCUGGACCGGCAGCUGAGGCUCUUCGUCACCCGGCACCUGGCUCACUUCUCCUCGGAAGUCAGAGGUCUGAGGAUCCUCCGCCACCAGAGCCAUGACCUGGACUCUGUCAUCCUUGUGAACCCAGACGAGGAGAGCACUGUGACCGAGGUUCGUUCCUUGCUAUGUGACCCUUCAACCCACAAGUUGCUGGUCCUGUGCGGACAGAGCUCGGAGCAAGGAGAUCUGAUCCUCCAGGAGGGAAGCUUCUCUUACCACAGAUUUGCUGAAAUAAUUGCUGAUCCAGAGGUGGCCCAGCUCCUCAGCAACAGGGACGCUGCCUCCAAGGCGUCGCUCACAGUGUCCUGCCUCGGGGAAGGAGACUGGACCAGCCUUGGACGCCCUCAGUUCCAGGGCCUCCUGAAGCUGAGGCUGAACCCUGACCCGGUCCUACCAGAGAUGGACGGGGUCUCUGAAUUCGCCGAGUACGUCUCCGAGACGGUGGAUGUCCCAUCGCCCUUUGAUCUCCUGGAGCCCCCCACCUCCGGGGGCUUCCUCAAGCUCUCCAAGCCCUGCUGCUAUAUCUUCCCUGGGGGGCGGGGAGACUCUGCCCUUUUUGCCGUCAAUGGCUUCAACAUCCUGGUGGACGGUGGCUCCGAGAGGAGGUCCUGCUUCUGGAAGCUGGUCCGGCACCUGGACCGGAUCGACUCAAUCCUCCUGACCCACAUUGGGGCAGACAACCUUCCAGGGAUCAAUGGGCUGCUGCAGAGAAAAAUUGCAGAACAGGAGGAGGAGCAGUCGCAGGGCUCGACCAACUACAGUGACUGGAUGAAGAACCUCAUCUCCCCAGAGCUGGGUGUUGUGUUCUUCAAUGUCCCCGAGAAACUCCGGAUGCCCGAGUCCUCCAUGAAGGUCAAGCGGAGCAUCGAGGAAGCCAGCCUGGCCCUGCAGCACCUCAACAAACUGGGCAUCAAGCCGGAGCCCCUUUACCGAGUGGUCAGCAACACCAUCGAGCCCAUCACCUUGUUCCACAAAAUGGGUGUCGGUAGACUGGACAUGUACGUCUUGAACCCGGUGAAGGAAAGCAAGGAGAUGCAGUUCCUCAUGCAAAAGUGGGCCGGGAAUAGCAAGGCCAGAACGGGCAUCAUCCUCUCCAAUGGGAAGGAGGGGGAGAUCUCUGUGCCCUACCUUACCUCCAUCACGGCCUUGGUGGUCUGGCUGCCGGCAAGCCCAAUGGAGAAGAUUGUGCGGGUUCUGUUUCCAGGAAACGCCCCGCAAAACAAGAUUCUGGAAGGUCUGGAAAGGCUGCGGCACCUGGACUUCCUGAAGUACCCUGUGGCUACGCAGAAGGAGGCACUCUCUGGCACACCAUCUCCAGCACUGAAGCAAAGCCGGAUCAAGCAAAGGACGGACAGCAAGGAGAGCCUCAAGUCAUCCCCUAAACCGCCGGGCAGCAAGGAGACCUCAAAAGCUGAGGAGACCAAGGCCGAGGCUGGGAAGGAGGCCAAGGCGGAAAAAAGGGCCAGGGACCUCUCUGAAAAGGCCCCAGAGAAACCCACAAAAGCAGAGAAGAUCAAAACCGACUCCAGCGAGGCCCUCAAGGCCGAGAAAAGGAAACUCGCCAAAGACAAAGGCGGGAAGAAGCACCUCAAAGAGAAGGUUUCAAAGAUGGAAGAGAAAAGGGACAAAGAGAAGAAGGAGUUAAAAAAAGAGAGGAAGGACCUCAAGAAGGAGGAUGGGAAGAAAGAAGAAAGGAAAGAAUCCAAGAAAGAGGAAAGAAAGAAGGAAGCCAAGCCAGAGGCAAAAAAGGUGCCCAAACCUGACCUGAAGCCCUUCACACCGGAAGUGAGGAAAACCUUAUACAAGGCCAAGGGUCCCGGCCGGGUGAAAACGGAGAAAGUCCGCAGCAAAGCCGAGAAGGAGAGCCUGGCUGUGGAGCAGAAGUCCUCCCCGGUGCCAAAGAAGCCCAGCCAGCCCCCAGAGCCACCCAGCAGGGAUGACCAGAGGCCGGUUCUCUCCUCCCCAGAGGAUCUGACCAAGGACUUUGAGGAGCUGAAGGCUGAAGAGAAAGGAAACCCUCCUGAGGCACCUCCUUCCCCCACAGAAGGACAAGGAGGCUCCCUUGGCACCACUGCUGAGCAGCUGCACGGCCUGAAACCCAGAGGAACGGGCAGCCCUGCAUCUCCGUCCCUGGCUGCCCUGGAAACGGCAGAGGAAACUGGGAGAGCGUCCGAGGCAGAGGCCCCUGAGGAAGGACGGUUUGGGAAGAAGUCUGGGAAGGAGGCUGAAGGCGAGAGGGACUGGGCCUUAGCCUCUGGGGACUCCCCACUUGUGGGGCAGCAAGAGGAAGAGAAAGGCACAGCGGAGCCCAAGAUGUCAUGGAUGGAGGCCCAGGGGGAGAGGCCAACGGGAUGGAGAAGCCCCCCAGGGCUGGAGUCCUUAAGGGAGGCCAAAGGCGAAGGAGGAGGAGGCAGAGAAGAGGAGGGAAGUUUGUCCAUCAUGCAGCCCUCUCCUCUGCCCUCCGAGAAUAAAGAGAGACAGCUCAAAGAAGGAAGGGCCGAGCGGGCAGCCCUGAUGAUGAAGGAGGAGGAGGAAGAGGAGGAGGAACGGUGCCCAGGCGCCCGGCGAGUCCCACCUGGGGAGCAUAUCUCCUACAUCCAGGAUGAGACCAUCCCCGGGUACUCUGAGACGGAGCAGACCAUCUCUGACGAGGAAAUCCACGACGAACAGGAGGAGCGGGCGCUGCACCUCAAGGCCGACAUCGGCACCGAAGAGGUCACCAUUCCUGACCAGCCGUGCCCAUUCAGCAUUAUGCACGGGAGCCAGGCUGCAGUCGUGGCAGAAGAAGGAGCCAAGGACUACCCCGGGCAAGGGCCCGAGAUGCUUGCCUACCCUGCGAACAUUGUGGCGGCUCCCCUGGCAGAGGAAGAGCAUGUCUCAUCCGCCACUUCCAUCACAGAGUGUGACAAACUCUCCUCGUUUGCCACGUCAGUGGCCGAAGACCAGUCGGUGGCCUCCUUGACUGCUCCGCAGACGGAGGAGACCGGCAAAAGCUCCCUGCUGAUGGACACAGUCAACAGCAUCCCUUCCUCUCGGACGGAGGCUACGCAGGGCCUGGACUAUGUGCCCUCCGCCGGCACCAUCUCCCCCACCUCCUCAUUGGAGGAGGACAAGGGCUUCAAGUCUCCCCCUCCGGAAGACCUCCACGUGCAAGCGGGCAAGAGGGAGCACCAGGCUGGUAAGAAGGACAUGCAGCUAGAGGAGGAGGAGGAGGAGACCCCCAACCUGGAGAGGCCGUGGGCAGUCCAAGGACAGCAUGAUGCUCCUGUAGUCCCCCAGACAGCCGUACCAGGAGACAACAUCCUGGAAGAAGCACCCAAAGUAGGGACCCCAGAAGCCCUCUUGUUCAUGGAGGGGCAGGAAGCCUCCUCGCUACUGCUGCAGGCAGAACCCUUCUCCGGGGAGAGCGAGGAGCGCUGCACCAGCCCCGAUGACAGCACCGUCAAGAUGGCCUCCCCGACCCCCACCAGCGCCGGGCACACACCGUUCCACCAGUCCCCCAUAGAGGAGCAGAAGUCGGAGGCUGUGGAGUCCGAAGAGGGCUUUGAGAAGGCAAUGGAGGCAGCUGUGAGGCCGGAUGAGCGGGACAGCCCUAUGAACAUGGAAGGAGCCCCUGAGGAUGUGGCCAAAGGGCCCACUGAGCCUGUCACCGCCCCCUGCGAAACCUGGCGCCAGGCUCUGGAAAGCGAGGAGCUGCCCAGGAGCUUCUACCACUCGCAGGAAACGCUGGAGCUGUGUGACUUGUACCCGCCGGCCCCAGACAGGCUUCCGGGGCCCACUGAAAGCGAGAGGGAGAGCCAGGGGGAGCUGAGAGGCUUUGGUUCCGAGUUGUUCUCUGCUCCGGACAUUCCCCCUCCAAAAGGAUGGGAAGAAUCUUCGGGCGAAGAGGAAGACGGGAUAGCAUUGCGCCCGUCUGCUGAAGAGAUUGCAUCAGGGGAAGCAAAAGGGCUUCCUUCUGCUGGAGAGAUUUCUGGAAAGGCAGACCCCUCAGCAGUCGAGCCCACCAAAGAAUUACCCCCAGAAAGCAGGGGUGUAGCACAUCCACCAGAAGGCUAUUUUGGCCCAGAGAAGUCAGCAUUUGCCGCUCUCGGCAGAGAAGCUCCUUCAUAUUGCUUUGCAGAGGAGAUGGCUGAAACGGAUGCCCAAUCUGGACUGACAAAAGAGGUCUCUACUGAGAAGGCCCUGCAGGAAGCCCUUGGAGGCAGCUUCUCUCCCACAACAAGCCUCUCUUCUUCUGCAGAGCAGUCCCCGGUCGGCGACACAGAUCCAGGCCCUCAUUUCGGAGGGGGUUCACCCUCUUUGCCUUCAUCUCCCGAAGACCAGUAUGCUGCUCUAGUCCAGCCUGGUACGGGGAUUUUUCCAGAAGCCACAAAGGCAGUUUCCUCAUCUGGAGAAGAGCCCAGCGAAAAGAAGCUACUUUCCAGUCCAUCUUCCAAGGAGUUGAGUCCAGGCAAGGGGAGUGUGGCGGAGACCCAGGACUCCGGGGAGACAAGGCCUUGUCACUUAAAGGAAGAAAAGCAAGAUCCCACAACAGAAGAAAGAGGGCAGGGGGAGGAUCAGUCCCCAGAAAUGGAAGACAUUUACCUGCAAGAUGCAAACUCUGAGAAGAAAGUGUGGUUUCCAGAGGGGGAGAACGAAGUGCCAAGCAAAGAACACCGGCAGAGGUAUGACAAGGAGAGGGGGGAAUGUACAUUUCUGGAUGAUGAGAUGGAAGGAUACGAGAAGCUGCCGCUGUCCGUCACUGACGCAAGAAGACUUUCUGGAGAUGACACAGGUGGAUGCUUGGAAAAGGAGGUGUGGGGCACUGAUGUUGGCAAAGAGGCUGCCCCAGAGAUGAUGGAAGAGGCGUUUCCAGACACCGGUUCCCUCGCUGCGGUUGUUGGUGGGGCUCAAUGGGAGGAAGAACAAACCCAGUUGGCAACAGCCCAAGCAGGCGGGAAGCCUCAUUGUCCAGAUGGGAAGGAGCAAGAGAUGCUGGGCUUUGAGGAGGGGCCCUCUCAACAAGACCCGAGGGGCCCAGGCUUUGUGCCUGAAUGGACCGUCAACCUGGAAGGCAGGGAGCAGCCCUUUGGGGACCCCUCUCCACAUGGGCCUCCUGCUCCAGAAGACGACGGAGAGGCUCCUACCUGGGCCCCAAGUGGCCCCGGGCUCCCUCCAGGGAUUGCAGGGCAGACGUUGGGAGCAGACAGUGCCUUCCACCACAAGGAAGAACUGGGCUCCGAAGAGGAGGAUGGAAAGCCAGACACUGAAGGGAAAGCCUCAUCAGAGGAAGACCAGGAGGAAAGGGACGGGAGCCUGAGGCCCAUGACCCCCAAGGUGGAUGAGAGAGGGCCCCACCCGCCAGGCCCAGACCCCAGGACCCCCCUGGUCUCCCUCAGCACCUGGCCCAGCAGUGCCUCCUACGCCCCUGGCCCCUUUGAGCCCCCCGAAGAAAAAGAAGCCCAGGGAGGGCUUGUGGAGAAGGGACCCGAGAAGGAGGAGAGGGAACCCACGCCGUACCCGCACCAGAAGACCUUCCACUACGCCGAUGUCUAUGGGGGGGAUGGCACGGGUCUCUUGGGCCCGGAGCCCCUGGGCAAAGGGAGGGCGCCCCGGUUCCAGGCAGAAUCCCUUUCGCCCAUCUCAUCCAAGGAGGAAGAGUCCUGCCUCUUCACGCCGACUGAGAAGGAGCUUUCCUCCCCUGCCUCCCCCAAGGACAAGGCUCAGCCUGCCUUCGACUACGCAGGCGUCCACGACAGAUACAGCCCCACGGCUGAGAAGGAGAGCUCUCCGUCCCGUGGCCAGGCCCCAAGGGAAGAAGAGGGAAAGCGGGACGAGUCUCCCCCUCCGCUGCCUAGCCACCCAGGGAGCGCCCUAAGCAUGACUUCUCUGGGAAGCGGGGGCUUCUGUGGGGCCCAGGAGCCUUCGGGGCAGGAGGAGGCACCUCCCUUCAAGGCAAAGCAUGCCUGGACUUUGGAGACAGAAGCUGGACAGAAGCCGGAGUCGCCCACCCACUCCCACUCCCCCCACCGGGACGUCUAUUAUGAGAAGGCCGGAGGAGAGGAGAGCGCCAGUGACUCCGAAGUAGAGAAGGGCGCCCAGGAGCCAUCAGAGAAGGCGUCCAAGCCCACUCUCCCCCCAGUUGAGAGGGACCCUCCCUACACAGACAUUUCGGGGACAGAGGCCUCUGGAAGCCCCUUGGGUGCUGUUGGCCAGGCCCAGGAAGGAGCCCCCUCCAAGGCUGGCGAGAGCACGGACUCCAAGGACACCCCCCUCAGUCACCCUGCCACCGUCGCUGACCCACCCUGGCUGCCUUCCACCGUCCUGGAAGCCAAGGAGAAGGAGCCGGCCAAGGGCCCGUCCAUUCUGGCCAAGGGGCGAGACUCCUCUGCCGCCUCCGUUGCCUCCGCCGGAUUCGAGCUUUCCUCCCUGCAGAGCCACCAGCCGUCCAUCCUCUUCCGGCACGAGGCCUGCCUCUCCUCCGCCUCUUCUUACCUCUGGGAUAAGCCGCUUCCUUCCGGUUUCGGCACCUGCGGAGAAGGCAAGGCCGAUGAGUACCUAGAGGUCUCUGGAAAGGCCUGGGCAGGGGCCUCCCAAGAAGGGGGAGAAAGAGGGCAGCUGCUCCAUGGGGAGCCUUGGGAGCAGGCCCUGGCCAGCCCUAAGGGAGAGGCUCCUCAUGCUGCGGCCUCCGUCCAGCCCGGGUCUGUUCCAACGGAGGGGGGCUCGUCCCCAGAACCUGGGGCCCAGGCCAUCUCCCCACCACGUCCCUCAGGCUCUUCAGCGGACAGCAGAGAAGCCCUCCCUGCCAGCCCCGACUGGCACAGCAGCAUCCCUUGGCACCCGCCCUCCCCUCCAUGCAGCAUGAGCCCCAAGGAGUGGGCAGCCGGUCCCAGCCUCCCAGACAUCCUGCCGCCUUCUCCCUGGAGCCAGCAAGAGGCCUUCACAUCAGCCAACGGCCCCACAGAGGUGAGCUCCAGCCCCAUGGCUUUCCACAGACUGCCCCAUGACAACAGCGUGAGCAAAGCAGCCAGGAGUGAGGAAGAGGAGGAGGAAGAAGAGGAAGAAGAAGAGGCAGGUGAGCAUGAGGAGGAGGCAGAGGGAAGGCAAAUGCGUCCGUCGUCCCUCAUGAUGGCAGAAGACCCCGACUUACAGGCUUUCUUCCCAGAGGCAGCGGCCACUCGGUGGGGCAGCCAAGCCGAGGACACCAGUCACACCACCCACGACCCGGAGCCACACGUAGUUGCGCCCUCGGAUCAUGGGCCGACGUUCUCCUCCUGCGAGUAUCAGCCCCCGAGGAGGGGGGAGCUCUCCCCGUCCUUCAUCAAUCCCAGUCCGCACGACUCCGACGAGGAAGAGGAGGAGGACAGCAAGCUAUCGCAGGCAGAGGGGCGGCCCUCAGCAAUGGGGCGGCUGCUGCAUUCCCUUCCUGGCGGCCAGAGGCAAGGAACAGCCGCCGCAGGGGAAGAAACCCCUCCCACUUCGGUCAGCGACUCCGGGACGUCCCAGUCGGAUUCGGACGUUCCCCCAGAAACGGAAGAGUGCCCCUCCAUCACGGCUGACGCGGCCAUGGACUCUGAGGAAGAUGCCGACUUCCUCCCAGUGGACAAAGCCAUGGGUGGCUCGCACCACGGCGGCUCCGGCAGCAGCGCCCGUCUCGGCCACGACCCCCAGCCGGCUUCCGUGCCAGAUCCACACCCUCACCCCCCACGUCCCGACGUCUGCAUGAUGGACCCAGAGGUGCUGCUGAGCGAAGCGCUCCUACACCGCCCUCCGGAGAAGGCGAUCUCCCGGAAGGAGUCCAAGAGCCGUGGAGGAAGGAAGCCGGCGGCAUCCGCAGUGGGCAAGAGCAAGCCCUCCCCAUCGCCCUCUCCGGCACGCAGGAUGGACAGGUGGGCCCCAGACCGCUCGCCCAAGCCCGCCUGGGUCAAGAGGGAGAAGAACCUCAAGCUCCAUGCCGAGGAGAAGGGGAGCGUCCAGACUGGCACAAAGAACCUCCUCAAUGGCGUCAAGAGCAACCUGGGGCUCGGCAACCCCAAAAGCGGUGGUGGGGGCGGUGGGGGCUCCUCGGUGCCUCCCAUCUACGUGGAUCUGGCCUACAUCCCCAACCACUGCAGCGCCAAAAACACGGACCAGGAGUUCUUCAAGCGAGUCCGGGCCUCCUACUACGUGGUGAGCGGGAACGAUCCGGGCAGCGGGGAGCCCAGCCGCGCCGUCCUAGAGGCCCUCUUGGAGGGAAAGGCCCAGUGGGGGGAGAACCUGCCGGUGACUCUGAUCCCAACGCAUGACACGGAGGUGACCCGGGAGUGGUACCAGCAGACUCAUGAGAAGCAGCAGGAGCUGAGCAUCAUGGUGCUGGCUAGCAGCAGCACGGUGGUGAUGCAGGACGAGUCCUUCCCGGCCUGCAAGAUCGAGUUCUGAGGCUCCGCUCCAGCCAGCCGGCCGGGGUCCCCCCUUCCUGCCUUCCUUCGUCCUUCCUCUGCCUCGGAGCACGGCCCAGUGCCCAUCAUCCCUUGCGCAUACGGGGCCCUGGCAAAGGGAGCUGUGGUGCACAGGGACCCCUCGAGCCCAUUUUGCUUUCUAGGGUUUAUUUUGCUGCUGCUGCUGCCGCUGCUGCCGCCACUGCCACCAUCAACGCUGCCAUUGAAUGAUUUGGUUGCCAUGGUUCUGCUUGCGUGUGCCCUUCUUCCCGUCCUCCCCUCCCUCCAUUCCCAACCUGUCUGGUCUGGUAGACAGAAUUAGCAGCAGGACCAAGAGCAGGUAGGUCUAAAAAAAGACAGAGAGGAACUGGCUGUGCCCUCUCCCCCCAAAGCCAUGCAAAGGGGCCGAGUGCUGCCAGCCCCCUGCAAAGGCUGCAGUCCCCGAGCACCAUGGUGGCACCUCUGGCUUUGCCAUGACAGGCCAAAGGAGGGGCUGCCUGGGGUCUUUGGGGGACAGGAAUAAGAGUCCGGACAUUUGCAAACGGCGCAGGUGGAGCGGGUGCUGCUUUGGGUGCCCCUGCAAAGGUUUACCUGCUUAGACCCUGUGCAAAGGGGCCCACCUCCCCGUUCCCUUGCCAAGUGCUGCUUCUGUGUGCAUGCAUGAGAGAGAGAGGAACGCCGUAGGAAUUUUAAUUGUUUUUUUUCCUGGUUGUUACAUAAUUUAUUCAUAUAUUUAUUUAUUUUGUUCUCCUUUGUAUGUAGACCCCACCACCUGCGGUUGGUUGGUUGGCGAUCCGUACAUGAGUGUGUGUGUAUGUGUGUGUAUAUAUAUGUAUAUGCGCUUUGGACCAUUCUGACUGUAGCCGACCCUGCUGAAGAGGGUUACAGGGAAAGCACCCCUACCCCACAGACACACAGUUG